AUGGCAUUCCCUCAUCUCUUCCUCACCCUUUUCAUUAUUCAAGCUCUUGUUCUCUGCCCUCUAUCGAUCAAAGCCGCCCCAUCAAACCUCUUCCGCGAAUCCAUUGGAGCCGAGUUCAACAAUGUCAAAUUCACAUAUGUCCCAAUUAACACAAAUGUUGAAUUCCACUUCAUUCUCUCCUUUGCCAUAGACUGCACCACCUCCUCUUCAGCCUCCCCCACCAACGGGGAGUUGAACGUGUUUUGGGACUCCGAUGAUCUCAGCCCCUCCCAAGUCUCUUCCAUCAAGAGUAAGCAUUCCAAUGUCAAAGUAGCUCUCAGCCUCGGAGGGGACAGCGUGGGCAAUGGCUUCGCGUACUUCGCCCCAUCCUCAGUCGACUCGUGGGUGUCCCAGAAAAUUUAA